UCGGAAGAGGCAGAAGACACCGUCCAUGACACUUCCUGGGGAAGCAGAUGUAUGUAUAAGGAUCCGCCCACGGACGCCAGAGCCGGGAACCCUGACAGCACUUAGCUGCUAACAAACAACCUGCUCCGUGGAGCGCCUGAAACACCAGUCUUUGGAUGGAGUCUCGUUCUGUUGCCCAGGCUGGAGUGCAGUGGCACAAUCUCGGCUCAGUUCAACCUCCGUCUCCCAGGUUCAAGCAAUUCUCCUGUCUCAGCCUCCUGAGUAGCUGGGACUACAGGGCCAGUGCCUCAGUUUCAAUCCAAGUAACCUUUAAAUGAAACUUGCCUAAAAUCUUAGGUCAUACACAGAAGAGACUCCAAUCGACAAGAAGCUGGAAAAGAAUGAUGUUGUCCUUAAACAACCUACAGAAUAUCAUCUAUAACCCGGUAAUCCCGUAUGUUGGCACCAUUCCUGAUCAGCUGGAUCCUGGAAGUUUGAUUGUGAUACGUGGGCAUGUUCCUAGUGACGCGGACAGAUUCCAGGUGGAUCUGCAGAAUGGCAGCAGCGUGAAACCUCGAGCCGAUGUGGCCUUUCAUUUCAAUCCUCGUUUCAAAAGGGCCGGCUGCAUUGUUUGCAAUACUUUGAUAAAUGAAAAAUGGGGACGGGAAGAGAUCGCCUAUGACACGCCUUUCAAAAGAGAAAAGUCUUUUGAGAUCGUGAUUAUGGUGCUCAAGGACAAAUUCCAGGUGGCUGUAAAUGGAAAACAUACUCUGCUCUAUGGCCACAGGAUCGGCCCAGAGAAAAUAGACACUCUGGGCAUUUAUGGCAAAGUGAAUAUUCACUCAAUUGGUUUUAGCUUCAGCUCGGAUUUACAAAGUACCCAAGCAUCUAGUCUGGAACUGACAGAGAUAAGCAGAGAAAAUGUUCCAAAGUCUGGCACGCCCCAGCUUCCUAGUAAUAGAGAAGGAGACAUUUCUAAAAUCGCACCCAGAACUGUCUACACCAAGAGCAAAGAUUCGACUGUCAAUCACACUUUGACUUGCACCAAAAUACUACCUAUGAACUAUGUGUCAAAGAGCCUGCCAUUCGCUGCAAGGUUGAACACCCCCAUGGGCCCUGGACGAACUGUCGUCAUUAAAGGAGAAGUGAAUGCAAAUGCCAAAAGCUUUAAUGUUGACCUACUAGCAGGAAAAUCAAAGGAUAUUGCUCUACACUUGAACCCACGCCUGAAUAUUAAAGCAUUUGUAAGAAAUUCUUUUAUUCAGGAGUCCUGGGGAGAAGAAGAGAGAAAUAUUACCUCUUUCCCAUUUAGUCCUGGGAUGUACUUUGAGAUGAUAAUUUAUUGUGAUGUUAGAGAAUUCAAGGUUGCAGUAAAUGGCGUACACAUCCUGGAGUACAAACACAGAUUUAAAGAACUCAGCAGUAUUGACACGCUGGAAAUUAAUGGAGACAUCCACUUACUGGAAGUAAGGAGCUGGUAGCCUACCUACACAGCUGCUACAAAAACCGAAAUACAGAAUGGCUUCUGUGAUACUGGCCUUGCUGAAACACAUCUCACUGUCAUUCUAUUGUUUAUAUUGUUAAAAUGAGCUUGUGCACCAUUAGGUCCUGCUGGGUGUCCUCAGUCCUUGCCAUGAAGUAUGGCGGUGUCUAGCACUGAAUGGGGAAACUGGGGGCAGCAACACUUAUAGCCAGUUAAAGCCACUCUGCCCUCUCUCCUACUUUGGCUGACUCUUCAAGAAUCCCAUUCAACAAGUAUUUAUGGAGUACCUACUAUAAUACAGUAGCUAACAUGUAUUGAGCACAGAUUUUUUUUGGUAAAACUGUGUGAGGAGCUAGGAUAUAUACUUGGUGAAACAAACCAGUAUGUUCCCUGUUCUCUUGAGCUUCGACUCUUCUGUGCUCUAUCGCUGCGUACUGCUUUUUCUACAGGCAUUACCUCAACUCCUAAGGGGUCCUCUGGGAUUAGUUAUGCAGCUAUUAAAUCACCCGAAGACACUAAUUUAUAAAAGACACAACUCCUUCCCCAGUGAUCACUCUCACAACCAGUGCUCUAUCGCAUCCCAUCAUUGAGGACUGAUGUUGACUGACAUCAUUUUCUUUAUCGUAAGAAACAUGUGGCUCUAUUAGCUGCAAGCUUUACCAAGUAAUUGGCAUGACAUCUGAGCACAGAAAUUAAGGCAAAAAACCAAAGCAAAACAAAUACAUGGUGCUGAAAUUAACUUGACAUCAAGCCCAAGGCAGCUGAUUUCUGUGUAUUUGAACUUAGGGUGAAUCAGAGUCUACACAGACGCCUACAGAAAGUUUCAGGAAGAGGCAAGAUGCAUUCAAUUUGAAAGAUAUUUAUGGGCAACAAAGUAAGGUCAGGAUUAGACUUCAGGGAUUCGUAAGGCAGGCACUAUCAGAAAGUGUACGCCAACUAAGGGACCCACAAAGCAGGCAGAGGUAAUGCAGAAAUCUGUUUUGUUCCCAUGAAAUCACCACUCGAGGCCUCUGUUCUUCUAAAGGUUAGUCCGUCAUCAUUAGCAACUGAGAUCAAAGCACUCUUCCACUUUACGUGAUUAAAAUCAAACCUGUAUCAGCAAGUUAAA